UCCCAUCUCUUUCCUCUGCACAUUAUGAUCGGCGGACUCUAGCAUAUGCUAUUCUGCCUACCGUCGUCUUCUGAUCAUCUUCAUGCCCAUGUUAUUCACAAACAACAGCAUCCACUGUACCCUUGACUUCACCUCACUGGAAACAACUAGUCUAUUCACAUAUGACAUCACGACCUCGGAAGAAGGAAUUGCUCGGACUGGUAGCGACAAAGGAUGAAGAAGUGUGCUUUCACCCCCCUCUUUUUAUUUCUUACCUUUAUAAGAAUGUCUCCUCUCCUCAGAUUUCACGCGUAAGACACGCACUGUCCUCGCACCAGCAACGUCUCGCCAUUGCCCUGGACACUCUUGAGGCCAUGCAGCAAGACCUCGCCACCGAGCGCAAGGCUCGGGAGCGUUUGAAUAACAAGCUUGUGCGAUUGAAGGAUGCUGUGCGCGCAGCAGAGGCUGAGCGGGAUGACCUGCGUGAGGUCGUUGUCGAGUUGGCUGAGAAGAUUGAACUUUCUCGUGAUGAUUUCAGUGCCUUGACAUGGGCCCCGAGUCGGCUGCGCCUGCCCGAUGUGCUCGGUAUGUUGACCUCUUCUGCCUGCCUGCAGUCUAUUAAGCAAGUUACCGAAAUAGAGCCUCUCCAAACAGCGGUGCCCAUCCCAGCUCUCGCUUCCGAUACGGAUCUUUGGGUCUAUGCGUCAGCUACCAUUUCUUCUCUGCGGCAUGCGCUGGCUGCCGAACGACUUCAACACGAAGAAACACGGCGGAUUGCGGGGUUAAAGAUCGAACGACUCCAUGCCCAGGUGGCCAGGCUUUCUGCUCGGGUGGCAGAGGGUGGGUCACAUAGUGUCGUGGUGGAACACAUACCAGAAGAAUACCAGCGGACAGUCGCAGAGAACGUCGUGUUAGAGGAAGAAGUGGCGAGAUUGGAAGCUGCCCUCGCAUCGACACGGUUGUCUGCUCCGCUUGUGACACACCACACUGAUCAUGUAACGUCCGGACCUCCGCCCAUGGCCGCAGGGACGCAUGAUCGGAGAAAGAACAGCAUUCGUGCAAAGCUUACGCAUGACAUAGCUGCUCUGGGCACAGCAAUCGAUGGAUUUGCCGCGCAGAGGACAGCUGCAAAAGCGGACAUCGUCCAAAGCGAGCCCUCUGCCGGCAAUCUGCAUGAUUCAUCUGCGGAUAGGAUGGUUAAUCCUGUCCGAAGGAUGUCUCCUCGGCCUACGAUAGCGAUGAGCGACACCACGAGACCUAGAUCGAGCGCCGGGUCCUCGAGUGCACAUCCGCGCACGAGCCGCUCUCCAGCCAGAAAGAGAUUUCCCGCCGUGCAAUCGACUGAAGCAAAUCCAUCAGGUCUCGGUGUUCCGAGGACUGAGGCUGAGAUCGAUCAUUCCUCAGGCGAACCUGUCAAUAGUCCUCGUGAAACUUCAUCUACAGAAAUGGUGCUAGAUCCUGACCUGACCAUCCGGCCGAGCGAAGCUGCUCGACGCGGGGAAAUCGUGCAUCCUUCACCCGACAUCCUUGCGUCGCUGUCUUCUUUCUCCCCAGGGAUGCCAUCAAACGCAAGGCGCCAUGCUGAGUUGGAUGAUGAGAUCGAGGUGCUGCGCACAGCCAUAGAAGGCUUCAACGAGGAGAGGGCCCUGCUAACACAGCAGAUCCAGAGUCAGGAGGGUAACGAUACCAGUGCGAUUGAUCCAAAUAUGACUCUGCUCUUGGCCCCAGCCCCAGUGGAUGAGGCCUCGACGCUUGAUCGUCUGCUGGAUGCAGACUUCGAAGGCGAGAUGUCCAUGGAUCUUGCCACUCCCCUGGUACCCACCGCGUAUCUGCCGCCCUCGUCGAUGCUGCCUCACUCGCCGCCGUCUCCGCCCACUGAACGUAUCUUUGUCGAUAAUGACGAUGGGUAAUGGUCAAUCUCUACUCUCUCCCAGGGUUCUUCGCUGUAUCUUGAUCAUUUCCUACUCCCUCUGUAUCUGCUACUCAUGUAUCGCCACAUCUCUUCGCUUUGCUAUGACGUCUUAUAUCAUCUUGUACAUACGUUUAUCCUACUAGUCUCAUAUUCUGUGUCGUCAAACUAUCCGUGCUGUUGACGGACCCUGAUCAGCUUGAUGCUCAUUCUCUUUUGUGGCACCCUUGCGCUUUCUUCGCUUUCGUCCACCCCCUCCGGUCUGAGCUCCGUCAUCGCCGUCGCCCAGGUCGGGUGGUGGGAUAUACAGCACCUCUCCGCUUACUAGAUUCUUCCACGGCCUCUGCGGAUCGACACUGGACGCCGGAGCGAACGGGACCUGUGCCGGCGGCGGCGCGACUCGAUUCGCGACCUCAUCAUCGGGCGUCUCGGCUCUCGACGGCGACUUGGACGAAACAGGUGUGCUCGUGAACGACGAGACCUUGACCUUCUUCGUCUUCGAGUUCAGCGAAAGGACCGUGCGCGUUUGGGGUGCGGCGGCAGAGGGUGCGGCGGAGGGUGCGAGGGUGGGGAAGGCACCGACUGCGCGCCGGGCCUCGUCUGCCGCGCGUUCGCGGGCGAGUGCUUCGCGCGUCAGUGUGUCGGCGAUCUGGGCCUCGAGGCGGGCGACGAGGGCGGCGUUUUGCGUGAUGUCCAGAAGCGGGGCAUGGCAACCGGGGCUUGGGCAGACGUGAUAUGGGAGAUUCGCUUCGCAGAGGACGAGUGCGCAUUGGCGGCAGAUGGGGGUGUACUUGGAGAGCGUGUGCUCUCGCGCUGGCACAGUUCAGUUUGAGUCUAGAGUCGGGCGGAGAAGCCGUACCCUGGCAGAAACAUCCACCUUUCGGAUCUUGCUUCGGAGUUGCUCCAGCGGACACCAGCCCUUUCCUCAGUGCCUCCAGUUGCUUGACCGCCUUGCUCUUCGGUGGCUCUGGAGGUGGAGCAGCAGCCUUUCCCUUCGACUUGGUGUUCUGCGAAGGUGGUGGGUUUGGUUUGAUACGGUCAGAUGGUAGACUGGAGCCCUUCUUGGUCCACGCAGUGUGAUACAUGGUAAUUUCGCCAAGUAGAGGGAGAUUCUGAGUCACUGCGUCACAGAUUGUCACAAUCAAGCCCGUAUCAGGUCGGAUUGAUAAGAUCUUAUUUAUACAGCGCCCUCUCACUACACGUUGUAUAGAAUUGAAAACGGUCACUUGA